UAAGUUCAUCAGUCCCGGAUACGCUAACUCUAUAAAAGAUCAACAACCAACAGUGGAAAUCAUUUUCAUUUCUACAAGACAGUGAAAAGAUAUUGCAAAAUGCGUUGUCUGAUCACCUUGUGCUUCCUCGUCGCCACUGCCUCUGCUGCUGUUUCAGUUUCAUCGUCAGCUUCGGCUGAAGUUUCUACCAGCAGCUCAUCCUCCGGUGGUUUGUCCAACCCUUUAAGCUCUUUUGGUUCAUUCAAAAACUUCCGAUUCCCAAGUAUUCGAAGAAGCAUCCGACGAGUCUGCCCUCAAAUAAGAAUCCCAGAUCCAUGUGACCCAUGUCCUGAAAUCAAAAUCGAGGAACCAUGUCCUCCUUGCCCUGAAAUCAAAAUAGAAGAACCUUGUCCCCCUUGCCCCGAAAUCAAAAUUGAAGAGCCAUGCAUUCCCCAACGCAAAAUCAUUAGACGGUGUCCACCUCCUCAACGAUGCAUUAGACGGCCAUCGUGUGUAAGACGACCAUGCAUUAGACGGCCAUGUCAACCUUGCAUAAGACGACCAUGCCAACCAUGCAUUAGACGGCCAUGUCAACCAUGCAUAAGACGACCAUGUCAACCAUGUAUUCGACGACCAUGCCAACCAUGCAUAAGACGACCAUGUCAACCUUGCAUCAGACGACCAUGUCAACCAUGCAUUCGACGACCAUGCCAACCAUGCAUAAGACGACCAUGCCAACCAUGCAUUAGACGUCCAUGCUACAGACGACCAUCAUGCAGACGUGUCAUCCGUCGUCCAUGUCCAGAAAUUAAGAUUGAAGAGCCAUGCAUCCCAUGCCCAGAAAUUAAGAUUGAAGAGCCAUGCAUCCCAUGCCCAGACAUUAAAAUUGAAGAGCCAUGCAUCCCAUGCCCAGAAAUUAAGAUUGAAGAGCCAUGCAUCCCAUGCCCAGACAUUAAAAUUGAAGAGCCAUGCAUCCCAUGCCCAGACAUCAAAAUUGAAGAGCCAUGCAUCCCAUGCCCAGACAUCAAAAUUGAAGAGCCAUGCAUCCCAUGCCCAGACAUCAAAAUUGAAGAGCCAUGCAUCCCAUGCCCAGACAUCAAAAUUGAAGAUCCAUGCAUUCCAGAAAUCAAAAUUGAAGAGCCAUGCAUUCCAGAAAUCCAGAUUGAAGAUCCAUGCCCCCAACUUGAAGUCCCAUGUGGGUUCGGAGGGUUUGGUAAAUUCGGAGGAUUCGGUACAUUCGGCGGACUUCCAAAACUUUCCAGCAUUCUUGGUUCUAAAGGUCUUGGCGGUGCAAGCGCCUACGCUACUGCCAGCUCCAGCGUGAGCGUCGAUUCAGACAGCUCUCCAAUAUUGGUUUAACUGGCCUUGUAGAAACGAAAGCACGAACACACAGGAAUAGCCUUGUGGUGCUUCGAAAGAACGUAGCUGUAGUAGGUGGGAGCGGAGUGAAAACAUCAUAUUCUGCCCAAAAAUAAAACUAUAUAUGCGCUGUCCUUUUUCUCCAAUCUUUUAUGCAUCUUAACUUUCAAGACCUGCAUGUUUACCGGUUUUCUUUAUUCUUUCUCUUUUCUAUUCCUUUCGGAAUAUUAAUUACCUGUUAUCUGUCUAUUCGAAUUUUCUUUAUUUUUUUCCAAGUUAGGCGCGCAUAUGCUGUGUCACUUGUUUUACUCAAUAAACAAACGUACAUGCUCUA